AUGCAGCGGGAGCCCAUCCAUAUUGCUCACCGCAUACCCGCACCGCCCGCCCAAACCUACGAUGCAACCCGCAUGUACUUAAAACACUUAUCCAUAUAUAUAACACACCCACCGCACGCGUCCCGAAUCCGAGGCUGA